UAUUUAAAAAUUAUUUAAAUAAAUUUAAAAAAUUUUUUUUAAAAUACAACCAUGGCUUCAAUGAAGUUUUUGUUGUUAGCAGCUAUUGCAGUGUUGGCUAUAAGCACAAUAAAUGCACAUACGACAGAGGGAACGACUACUAAAGCCUCACACGUUGAAGGCUUGGAGAUGCAAGUUCAGGUUUUAGAGAAAAGUACAAAAUCUGUAGAUGGAUUAUAUCACUAUAUUUGCACAGCAGGUGAAAAGAAAUCAGGACAUUUAAUGUGUACUGCAAAGGAUCAAAUGGAAUGGAGAGAUCCUCAUGAUGUUGAAGUAAAGUUACGUUGUCCGAAAUCUGGCACUGGUUUGCAAGUGGAAUAUAUUCAAAUUGAUACUUGGUUGACAUCUGAAUAUUUUAACUGUGAUAUAACAGCUGGUGGUAUAUAUUAUGGUUUUGUAGAAUUGCUUCUUAGAGGUAGAAAUACUAUGUCUUUCCAAUAUAUUGCAGAAAUAUAUUCAGUCUAGAAGCAAUUUAUUUAUGUUCACUAAUAUCUUAUUAAAUUUA